AUGGAAGAUUCCGAUUAUUUAUUAACACCUGAAAAUUACGAAUCAUACGUUAGUGAUAAGACAAAAAAUAAAGAUGAUUCUCCAAUAUCAGAUAAUGAGUUUGAUAAAGAUACUUUGUAUAUAACAAAUGAUGAUAAAUCUGAAAGAAAACAUCACUCAACACAUAUAAAGCACAAUGAUUAUAAGACAAAAUUAUCAACAUUUUUUGAUAUAAACCGUUGUCGAGAUGUUGAGUCUUUUAAAUGUUUAAAUAAAAUAUCAGAAGGCACAUAUGGAACAGUAUACAGAGCUCUCGAUUUGGAAUCAGACGAAAUAGUUGCUUUGAAGCACAUUAAGUUCCACGAGGUGCAAUGGAAAGAAGGCUUUCCGAUUACAUAUUUGAGAGAGGUCUCAAUAUUGCUAGAGUUGAAUCACCCAAACAUACUAUCAGUACGAGAGAUAGUAACUAAUAAAAAACAUGAUGAGUUCUACAUGGUGAUGGAAUACGUCGAACACGAAUUGAAGACUCUUCUUGAGGAAAAUAGACCCAAUUUUACAUUAUCGGAGAGAAAGUGCCUGUUGAAGCAGCUUUUAGAAGGCACAAAGUAUAUGCACGAAAACUGGGUAAUGCACCGAGACUUGAAGACACCGAACAUACUCUACAACAAUAAAGGAUACAUAAAGAUAUGCGACUUUGGAAUGGCCAGAAAGUUCGGAAAUCCACUUAAAAAAUACACACACAAUGUAGUCACACACUGGUACAGGGCACCAGAGUUGUUCCUGGGAGAGCCUUAUUAUAGCGAGAAGACAGAUAUAUGGAGCAUUGGGUGCAUUUUUGCAGAAAUUAUACUGUCGAGGCCACUCUUUAUGGGCGUCAACGACGCAGAUACACUCGAUAAAAUAUUUAGACUUUGUGGAUCCCCAAAUGAAGACAACUGGCCAGGAUACACUAAACUUCCAGCCAUAAAGAGUAGCAACUUCACAAUACACAAAUAUAAACCAUCAUUUGAAAGCGUAUUCAAGGUCGGAAUAAUGGGAGGAAUGGUACACGGAUCAACCUGUAUGACUGAACAUGGACUAGACUUGUUGAAAAAGAUGUUAAAUCUAGACCCAAAUCAGAGAAUUUCAGCGAAAGACGCAUUAGAACACCCAUAUAUAACGCAGGAAAAACCAAGAACACAAGCCAUUGAGUUGAUGCCAACGUUACCAGAUACCAAUUGUAAAUGUGAGUAA